AUGGAGAUCCCUCCUCCCUCCACCGAACAGCUCUCGAAGCUGGCUGCGUCAAACUUGCCUCCGUCCCAACUAUUUGAGAUCUUAUCGCGAUAUGAAACAGACGCUCGUCUGCUUUUAGCAGGCAAUGAUGAUCCACAGUUGUUAAGCUUGUUCUAUUCUACAUUCUUCUUCGCUCACCUCCUCACGGAGCAAGUACCCGAAGCCCGUGCUCUAAGCCAGCGAUUUCCUGAGGCUCUACGCCACCAAGAUCCUUACUUGCAGAGCUGUUUGACUCUUCUACGAGCCAUCUGGCAAAAACGACAUGAUCAGAUUUACCAGAUCCUGCGGAAUCUUCCUUGGUCAGAAGGGCUACAACCUUUAGUCCAGAGAUAUGAAAGCUUCUUCCAGGACCAAUCCUUGAUCGCCGUCAGCACUUCCUACGAGGCAAUGCGACUUCCAACAGCAGCAACCUACUUGGGUCUAGACUCCACGGCCGCAGAACAAGGAGACCCGGCCGUUAUAAAGAAAUUCACGGAUUGUGGAUGGAAAUGGGAUGCAGAAGCUAAGCUGCUAUAUCCAACCCCGAUUGUUCUACAAUCUGUCGAUGAGCGACCAUUAAACGGGAUCCAGGAUGCAAUGAAAUUGCUUGGUAACCGUCGUAAUUGA